AUGUCGACGAAAAAGCGUACUUUACUUAAAGUCAUAAUCCUGGGCGACUCGGGGGUUGGGAAGACGUCCCUUAUGUCGCAGUACGUCAAUAACAAGUUUUCGAAGCAGUACAAGGCGACGAUUGGGGCGGAUUUCAUGACGAAGGAGAUCACGGUGGACGACACGGUUGUGACGCUGCAGAUUUGGGACACCGCCGGGCAGGAGCGGUUUCAGUCGCUCGGCGUCUCGUUCUAUCGAGGCGCGGAUUGCGUGAUGUGCGUGUACGACGUGAAUAGUGCGAAAUCGUUCGAGUCGCUGGAGAACUGGCGAAACGAGUUCUUGGUGCAGGCGUCACCGAGCGAUCCGGACAAGUUCCCAAUCGUCGUCGUCGGGAACAAAAUCGACGUGGAGGAGGGCAAGGAGAGCAAGAGGGUGAUCAGCGAGAAAAAGGCCAAGUCUUGGUGCACGUCAAAGGGCGGUCUGAUGCACUUUGAGUGCAGUGCGAAGGAAGACAUUAACGUCACCGCUGCCUUCGAGGCUGUCGCUCGAUUCGCGGUGGAAAGCGAGGACACGGAGCCCGACGUCUUCCUCCCGGACGUCGUCCAAAUCGACGCCGGUCCGAAGGCGCAGAGCGGCGGGUGCUGCUGA